AUGAAUGAACUCUCGAACAUGAUGGAUUCAACAACAGAGCCCGCGCCUGUGACUCGAAUCUUCGUCUCUGGAUUGCCUCCCUCCAUGACAACCGAACAAUUGCGGUCACACUUCUCCUCCAAAUUCACCGUAACCGAUUCCCAUGUUGUGGCAGACCGCCGUAUCGGCUUCCUGGGCUUCAUGGACCAUGAGACUGCGAAGUCGGCGGUGAAAUACUUUAAUAGGUCUUUUGUCAAGAUGUCCAAGAUAUCGGUAACUCUGGCCAAACCCGUGGAACUGAAGCGGGAUGCUUCUGGGCAGGCUGCUCCUAUCUCUCUCCGUCGAUCAUGCCAAGCUCAGGAUAGCCAAGAAUAUCAUUUGAAGAAGCGCAAACGGGAAGCACGCGACGACGGCGAAAUGGCUCGACAGCACAAUUCUCAAGUUCAACAAGAGAAGGAAGGCCCCAGUGCAGAAAUAACUCGGUCAGAUGCUCCACCCGGAACGCCAGAUCCUGCGGACAAUCUUCAAGCGGAGUCUCCAAUCGUCCAGGCUUCCGACAGUGACUGGCUUCGCGGAAAGACAAGUCGACUGCUGGAUCUCAUCGAGGGGGAAGAUCCAAAUCCGGAUGUCUUCCCAAGGACCGUGGAGGCGGAAUUGGAUGAGCCAGCAGAUCCGUUCCAUACCGAUCCUCAGGAGGACUCCGCAAAGCCUGUAACCGAUGAAGAUGGAGAUCAACAGACAUCGAUAGCAAUAUCCAUUCCAAACGCUCGGUUAUUUGUCCGCAACCUUCCAUUCAAUGCUUCGGAGAGCUCCGUUCGGGAGGCAUUCUCUCCGUAUGGAAGGAUAUCUGAGGUUCACCUUGUAACGGACACACGGACGUCCACGGGCAAGGGUCUGGGCUACGUGCAAUUCAUUGAGCCCUCCGCUGCAGAGAGAGCUCUGAUCCAAUUAGACGGAAAAGCUUUCCAGGGGAGACUCAUGCACAUCCUUCCAGCAUCUGAUAAAAAGACACAGAAAUUGAAUGAGUUUGAGAUCUCGAAGUUGCCACUGAAGCAACAAAAAGCAUUGAAGCGGAAGUCGGAGACAACCAAUUCGACCUUCAGCUGGAACUCAUUGUAUAUGAACCCAGAUGCCGUGUUGGCAUCAGUUGCAAACAGACUCGGUGUUACCAAAUCAGAUUUGCUCGAUCCAUCAUCGUCAAACGCCGCUGUAAAACAAGCUCACGCGGAGACGAGUGUGAUCAAGGAGACAAAAACAUAUUUGGCAUCCCAAGGCAUGAAUCUCGAGGCGUUUACGGACCAGUCGCGAGAUGACUGUACGCUCCUACUGAAGAACUUUUCCUAUGGGACCACUUCUGAAGAGCUUUCACAAAUGCUGAGUCAGUAUGGCAAUGUCAGUCGAUUAGUAUUCCCUCCGACUGGCACGAUGGCAGUCGUCCAGUAUGAAGAACCCUCUUUCGCAACAUUGGCAAUGAAGCAACUGGCAUACCGCAACUUGAAAGGAUCAGUGUUGUACCUCGAGCGUGCACCGAAAGGCAUUUGGAUGCGUCAAAAAAGUCCUAUAUGGAUGGAGGACACGAAAGGUGACGAUGUGGACAUGUCUGGCACGCCUUCAGCCACUUUAUUCGUUCGCAACCUCAACUUUACCACUUCCACCACAAGACUUGCCGAGGCUUUCAAGCCUCUUUCUGGGUUUCUCUCAGCUAGGGUUAAGACGAGGACUGAUGCCAAACGUCCUGGAGAGGUGCUUAGUAUGGGAUUUGGCUUUGUUGAGUUCCGCACAAAAUCCCAAGCAGACGCGGCCAUCGCGGCCAUGAACGGUAGGAUGGUCGAGGGCCAUGAAAUCAUCGUUCAAGCAUCCCAAAAGUCGACAGAUGCGGCAGAGGAGAGACGGAAGGACGAUGCUUCCAAGAAAGCAAAUGCCAAGAAGACCAAGAUCAUCAUCAAAAAUCUUCCUUUUGAGGCCACUAAGAAAGACAUCCGUGCAUUGUUUGGUGCCUAUGGCAAGUUGCGCACUGUCCGUCUUCCUAGAAAGUUCGACAACACUGCCAGGGGUUUUGCGUUCGCAGAAUUCGUCACGGCCAAAGAAGCCGAAAAUGCCAUGGAUGCUCUCGAAAACACGCAUUUGCUUGGCCGUCGACUUGUUCUGGACUUUGCAGAGGGUGAAAACAUUGCUCCUGAAGAUGAAAUCCGCGCCAUGGAAAAGAAAGUCCAGAGUCAUCAAAACAUUCUGGCUCACCACAAGUUGACUGGUUCGGCCCGUAAGAAAUUCAACGCUGAUGCAGCACGAGACGAUGCUGAGCCACUCUGA